CAUCUGUAAAAAUGACUGAUUUAUAACAAUAACUGAUUUAUUAGUGAUUGUUGAGGAAAACUAAUAAUUCAAACCUGGUUGGGUACGACUGCUAUGCUUUCGUUCGCUAUCUACAGGACACGAGAACAAAUCGAUUCUUUGGCGGUGCGAGACAGUCUCACUACCACUGGUCCCUUUGAGAUCUCGACAUGGCCUGACGAGCCUGCUCUCGGCCAAUAGGAGGCAAAAUUGCUAAGAAAUAAAUCCAUUUAAUACUUAAACGGAAAGGAUACCACAACGAAAGUUUAAUUACUCCUCGAGUAUUAUAUUCUGACUUGGAACUUAAUUCAAAUUUACUGUCGCUGGCACUAGCCAGAAAAACCGGUCACGGACAUCGUAUUGCUGCAUGGGAGAGACCACAGACUUAACGACGUUCACGGCAUUUAUCAAACAAAGAUGUACCGAAUCAUUGUGCAGCAUUUGCGCAUACAAAGUAAAGCAAAUGUAAAGCAAAUCUUGGAUGCUGCACUAUUUACCAUAAACACAAAUCUUUGGCUGGGACAUGCCACCAUCCAGUUUACCCAGAAGAAGAAGCCCAUAAUACAAACCGAGCAGCUACAUCUGGCAUGUAAGUUAAUAAGUGAACAAUACGAAUAUGAAUUACCGAAAGGAUUAGCAAAUUUUAACGAUCACGCGGUUAAAAAGUUAUUAGAAAUCGAUUUUGUCAUCGCGCAAAAUUUAUUAAUUUUACAUGUUGAAAUACCGUUAACCGACAAGACCACUUAUCAAAUAUACAAAAUAGACACAGUGCCCGUAUUUAUACGAAACAGCAGCGAUGCGGUAUUAAUUAAGCCUGUUGAUGACUAUAUUGCUAUUCAAAAACCCGGAUCUUUUGUUCACGUUUUUCUAUCACAACACGAAAUUAGCAAAUGUAAGAAAUUUCAUUACACUAAAUUAUGUUCAAUAAACACACACUUAACGAAUACUCCAGACUGCGAAAGAACAACUAAUCCUAGCGAUUGGAUUUACUCGGCGAGUAAAAAAAUCACAGGUCUAUUCACCUGUAGAGGACAUCAGUUUCUGAUUAAUUUUGAAGGUAUUGGUAAAUUACAAAUGCUGGCUGAAUGUGCUAUAGCAGUACGACACCAAACAUAUCUAGGAUUAACGCCAGCAAGAAUCGAAACUAGCUUGACAAUUUUUUCUGAAACAGGAUUACUUAACAUUGAAUUGCCGGUAAUGACCAGUAACGUUGAAACAAAAAUUAUUUAUAUUAACGAUCCCCAUUGCAUAUACAAAAAUAACCUAUGUAAUCAAUCAUCAUAUUGUACCCACUAACUGUUUAUGUUUAACAUUAGUAUAGAAAAACACAUGUAAGAGAAAACUUAUGUAAUCAAUCAUCAUGUUGUACCCAUGAAUUAUCUACAUCUAACAUUAGUAAGAAAAUGCAUGAAACAGAUGGAAUACGUGGUAGGUUAAGAUAUUUGUAUAAGCUUAAACAAGGGGAAAAACCCUAUUAAUUAACUAAUAUAUCGUAAGGCAUCAAUUAUCAUAUGUAAUCUGAUUAACAAACUGCGUAUCAAUGAGAUGCAACUAUAUAAGACUGCCUAGUUUCUAUGUAUAAAGACCUCGGCACAGUCGUUUCACCCCGUUCUUAACACAAAAUGAUACAAUACUAUAACAUAGUUGAUCAAAUACUAUAGCAUAGUUGAUAUAAGACAAUUUUUUCUAAGAAUAAUUAGGUAUAAGUAAUUUAGUUAGUAUUAAGUAAGUAAUAAUAAUAAUGAUAGUAAUGCUUAUGAAGAGGACGAUAAUAAUCAUCACUAAUGGUAUAUUAUAUAUUGUUUUUUCUUGUAUUUUUUCUUUUCAGCAUACGAAUAGUAUGACUUCAGAGACAUUAAGUCCUCUGAAGGUUAACUAUACACAACUUCUUAUAUUACAAACGGAACAUUCUAGAGACAUUACGUCUUUGGAGAAAGUUCUAGUUAAGACGAGUAUCUCAAACAGUAAUACGUCUGUUUAAGUGUAAAUCUUGAAACACUUUUUAAAACAAAAGCAAAUAUAAACUUUCUUUUCAGGUAUAAUAUCCUUGGCUACAAUAAGUUGGCCAAGGACGAAAUACUAAGACAUCGCUCCUCAUAUUUACUUCUUUAUAGUAUAGUACAAUAUCAGAGGCAAUAAGUCCUUUGAAAAUUAACUGUACUAUACAAUUUUUGUUACACACUAGAAUAAUUUAAGGACACUGCGUCAUUGAAGAAAAUUCUAGAGAAGGAGAGUAUCUUAAACAGUAAUACGUCUGUUUAAGAGAAAGACCUAAAAUAAAAUUCAAACAUAAGAUUUCCUUUUAGGUAUAUUAGACUUGGCCACAAUAUGUUAGCCAAGUACGAAAUACUGAGAAAUAACAUAUAAAUUGAAUUUUAAAUAUAGAAGAAAUUCAAAUACCACGACAUCCUGGACCAUUAAAAAAUAAUUUAAAAAGAACUCAGUCGGAGCGUUUCAACUUGCUUCUCUUCUUGCUGGUUGUUGAAUAAGUCUUCAUCAGAUGCUGUCAGUUGGCUCGCAGGAUUUUUCUUCCCCGGAUAGAAAAAAUUUGAUGCUUUCGCUCUUGAAUAAGUCUUUAUAUUUGUACCAUUGUUGCCGGUGGUCUGUUUUGGCUGUGUUUGUAUCCGAGAUCGUUCUUGUGUCUGGGUUUGAUUUUUAAGCGACUCCUUGCUCGAGUAGCUUGCCUUAUUGCUUUCAAUUGUUUCUAAACCUUUAGAUACUACAUUAUUAAUACUGGGAAAGUCAGUUCUGUUCAAUCUUAGAGCUCUCCUAUUUCCAAAAAUUAGGCUGUGCCUCAAAAUAUGACAAAUUUUCAAAGGCGAUUUUUUUACAUAAUAAUCUAUUCUUUUCAUAAAUAUUAUAUUGAGUUUCAAUGUACUUGUGGUUGCCUUUACAGUUUGCGUAUCUAGGAGUCAAACCAUUACAAUUCUCGCCGUGGACCUCUCCACAUAUACAACAACAUUUUUGAUUUCUGCAGGUCUUAGCCAUAUGUCCAAAUUUGGAGCAGUUAUAACACUGCAUAGGGCUUUAAACGUAUGAAUCAAUUUUCGUUUUGACAAGGCAGAUGCUGACAUCUUUAGGAAGCGAGUCACCUUUGAAACAAACUAUAAUACCGAUGUAGUAGGUAUUCACUUAUCAUCAUCAUUUAUAGGUCGAGGGUUCUUUUUGUUCAUUCUUCUAACAACAAUAUUCCCGUGUUAGGAGAAUUUAAUUCUGUUUUCAGUUCCUCUAUUGACAUG